GUUUCAAACCCAUGUGCUGCCACAGGGGAGGCAUGUGUGGGUUAUUGAAAGAUACUGAGAGGGGAUCACGGGUCAGUUCAAGGUGUUUAGGAGCACAGAGGAGGAGGAUGAUGGGUUGAUCUUUGGAAAGCAUCUCACCUUUCAAACCUGGGGAACAUGGAAGACCAAAAAGUCCUCCAUUUUGUGCCAUCUGAGGCUCAAUCCACCGGGAGUUCCAAGAAUGGAUACCGUUUCCAAGAGAUGGAGCUGCAGGAUGGGGAAAAGGAGGAUUGUGGGAAAGAUUCACCCGAUAUUUCCAAGGAUCCCACUUAUGACGACGAGAUCCAGAUCAGCGGUUCAGAUCCUGACUUUCCUGGGUUUGGGCUUUUGAACACAACAAGAAAAUAUGUGAAGCCAAUGAACUUCCAGGAGGAGGUGCGCGCCCACAAAGACCUGGACAGCUUCCUGGCCCAGGCCAGCAUCCUCUUGGAUCAGAAGGCUGCCACUCUGGACGAAGUCCUGAGGCGAAUGCUGACUCACUUGGCGGAGGACGGCCACGGCACCUGUGAUGCGGACGAGGUCAUGACCUCGUUGUUCACGGACGCUGGAGGGAAGGAGUGCAACGUUCACCUCCUGACAGAGACCAUUCAGGGUGUGACCGCUACGACCACUGGCAUUCACUACCAGCAGUCCUGGCUUUGUAUUCUCUGCAGUGUGAGGAGCCUGCAGAGACGUCACGUCUGCAUCGCCCGCCUGGAGAGGCCGCAGAACUGGGGAGUCAACUGCUGCGAGGCCCGAUACGUCAUCCUCAUCCUGGCCCCUCCUCGAACGAAAAGCACCAAAUCGGCCAUUGAGCUCGGAAGAACGUUCGCCACGAUGUUCUCAGACAUUUUCUUCAGACAGAAGGUUCUGGAGGCCAAAACCCAGGAAGAGUUCAAACAGGAACUGGUCUUCCAGCGACAUCAGCUCUCCGUGGUCACGGAGAAGCUGGCCAAAGAGGAAGUCGAGGACACCGAUCCACGACGAGGGAAACCGCUUCAGUUUAAGGAUUUCUUUAGGGUCGGUAAAGGUGUUUACGACGACCUCCGCCGCAGACUCCCGCUCUACCCAUCAGACUUCACAGACGGUCUGAGUGGGAAGGACCGCUGUCUGCUGAAGUACACCACCACAGCCAUUUUCCUCUACAUCGCUAUCCUGCUGCCUGCGAUCGCAUUCGGUUCACUGAAUGACGAAAGCACCAGAGGAGAGAUAGACGUUCAGAAGACCAUCGUUGGCCAGUGCAUUGGAGGAGUGAUCUAUUCUUUGUUUGCCGGCUCACCACUCGUCAUUCCACUGACCACUGCGCCGCUGGCCAUCUUCAUCAGCGUCAUCAGGGGAAUCUGCGACGACUACGAUCUGGACUUUGACGCUUUCUACGCAUGCAUCGGUCUGUGGAACAGUCUGUUCCUCAUCCUCGGAGGCUUGUUCAAUGUCAGCCUGUUCAUGAAGCUCUUCAAGCGCUCAACGGAAGAAGUCAUCGCAUUGUUCAUCUCCAUAGCGUUUGUCGGCGAUGCGUUGAAAGGCACUGUCAAAAUUUUUCACCACUUCUACCACGGGCCCACUCUGGCGACCACAAACAGCACGCUCGUGCUUGAGCAGAUCAAAGACAUUCUAGAGCAGAUGAAGAACCAGACAGGGAACCUGCCCGGGCAUCACAAUGAGACAUUGUCUCCGACGGGGCAUUCGGAAGGACAUGCAUCAGUCUUCCUGCCCGAGGCUCUGGUGAUGACAACAAGAGAGCGGCCCGUCCUCUGUCUGCUGCUCAUGCUGGGGACUCUGUGGCUGGGUUACGCCCUCUACCUCAUCAAGAGGAGCCCGUACCUGAGCGGCAGAGUCAGGGAGGUGGUGUCUGACUGCGCUUUGCCGAUCUCUGUGUUGGUAUUCUCCUUCAUUGGCUCCUACCUGUUCCUUGACAUACAGCUACCUGUGUUUAAUGUCCACGACGGCCCCAUCUUCAACUUCCCUCCAUUUAAUAAGCUGUCGGCAAUGAACACACUGAGUGCGGUCGGCCUGGGUUUCCUCCUCGCAUUGCUCAUCUUCAUCGACCAGAACAUUGUCAUCUCACUCACGCACGUUCCAGAACACAAGUUGCUAAAAGGAACCGCGUUCCACUGGGACUUGAUGCUGACUGGUUUUAUCAACAUCCUGAUGUCCUCUCUAGGGUUGCCAUGGAUGCACGCCGCCUUCCCACAUUCCUCGCUGCACGCCCGCCAGCUGGCCAAAGUGGAGCAGCACGUAGAGAACGGACACCUCUACUCAACUAUUGUCAGUGUGAAGGAAACUCGUCUGACCUCACUAGUGGCCAACAUCCUGAUUGGCCUGUCUGUCUUCAUGCUGCCCAUUCCCCUUCAAUGGAUCCCAAAGCCCAUCCUCUACGGCCUCUUCCUCUACAUCGCGGCCACUUCGCUUGAUGGGAACCAGAUGGUGGACCGCAUUGCCCUGCUGCUGAAGGAACAGACCUCCUAUCCUCCUACUCACUACAUUCGCCGUGUGCCUCAGAGGAAGGUCCACUACUUCACAGCGCUGCAGAUGAUCCAGCUGAUCGUCCUGUGUGCGUUCGGGAUGUAUCCUCUGCCCUACAUGAAGAUGGUCUUCCCUCUCAUGAUGAUCCUGCUGGUCCCUGUCAGGACCAGCCUGCUUCCCAGAGUCAUCGACGCCAAGUACCUGGAUAUCAUGGACGCCCAGCACCAGUAGAACGACUACGAAAGGAUUCACUUUCUCCGGUUUGAGCGAGAAAAAGACUCUGAAUUCAAUGAAUGCGUUAAUGACGAAACAAAAUGCAUUUGGACUUCCAUGUGUGGAUGCGAGCACUCUGCUGGUGACCGGUCAGCCAUUUACUCCCCCAGAAGUGUUCUCAUUGUUCAUCGCACAGGGACAAUCAAUGCAGCUGAUUCACUUUAAAUGUCCCAUUGCGUGGUGGACUAGAGAGCCGUUUUAAAGUGUGAUGUGUGAGAGGAUUUCAGCGUUCAACAUACCGAUGUCAUUCAACGAGGUGUGGACGAUUGUCUCAAAUGCUAAAAAUGCGUCACCUAUUGCUGAUAAUUUAAAUCAACACCGAAGCCGGAUGUCAUUUAUAUGUCAAAAAUGUUUGUUUAAGACCUGCACAAGAUUUGUUUAUGUUAAUAUGGUUGUGGUAAUUAGUUCUGUGCGUAUUAAUGUUUGAAUUAAAUCAAACUGCUGUUACACAAAAAUA